AUGUUUUUAAAAGAAUGUAACGUAGAUCCAUUUUUGGAAGCAGUAACUAUAGCAAGUGCUUGCAACUUAGCAUUUAGAAGAAACUUCCUCAAGCCAGACACCAUAGGUAUUAUUCCUAUAGGUGGUUAUCGUCUUGCCGAUAACCAAUCUGCAAAGGCUCUACAGUGGUUGGCCUUGGAAGAGGACAAAAGAAAUGUGAGGAUUCAACAUGCUGGCAACAGCCGAGAAUUUAAAAUUCCAGGCAUUGGAAAGGUUGACGGGUUUGAUGGAGAAAUAGUUUAUGAAUUUUAUGGUUGCUAUUUCCAUGGAUGUCCGAAAUGUUUUCCAUAUAAAAGAGAAGAACCUCUUCAAGAUGAUCUAUCAGACAGUUUACACUUGCGGUACGAAAGAACCAUAGAAAGAACAGGAAGGAUACGACAGCAGUUUGAUGUAAUAGAUAUGUGGGAGUGUGAAUUUGAUGAUUUGAAGAAGAGAAAUAAAUUGCAAUAUCUUAACAAUAUCCCGAUUCUAAACACAAUCCCACUAAACCCGAGGGAUGCUUUUUAUGGGGGCCGAACCGGAAACUCAAAGACAUACUAUAAGUGUAAGAAGGAAGAAGGAGAACAGAUAUUCUACGUAGACAUUUGUUCUCUCUAUCCUUGGGUCUGCAAAUACGGUAUGUUUCCUGUAGGACAUCCUACGAUAUUUGUUGGUGAUGAAGAAUGUCUAAAGAGAGGAAUGGAAGCUGAAGGACUUCUUAAAUGUAAAAUUCUACCCCCUACAAAUCUUUAUCAUCCUGUAUUACCGGUGAAAAUGAAUGAUAAAUUAAUGUUUGUCUUGUGUCGUGUGUGUGGAGAGAACUUGUCAUCUUCUGGAGAGUGUCACCAUGGAGUGGAAGAGAGAGCUUUGGUAGGAACAUGGACUAUGAUGGAAAUAAGAAAAGCUGUAGAGAAAGGCUACGUAAUUCUAGAGCGAUAUGAGUUGUGGCAAUAUGAAAUGGCUACUUUUGAAAAUGGAGGUUUAUUUACAGAAUUCAUCGACAAGUUUUUAAAAACCAAGCAAGAAGCUUCAGGUUAUCCCGACUGGUGUAAAACAGAAGAGGAAAAACAACGAUACAUAAAAGACUACUUUGACCAUGAAGGAAUUUCAUUAGAUUCUGACAAAAUCGAGAAAAAUGAAGGGAUGCGCUCGCUUUCCAAACUUAUGCUCAACUCAUUUUGGGGCAAGUUUGGACAGAGGCAAAACCAGACCAAAACGUUAGUGACUAGGGAUCCUAAGGAAUUGUUCAACCUCCUAGUUAGUCCAGUAGACCAGAUAAACAGAAUUAAAGAGAUCAAUGAAGAAGUUGUCGUUGUAAAUUGGCAGCAUUUAGAAGAAGUUGGCGAAUGCUUAAGAACUGUCAAUGUGGUCUUAGCAGCUUUCACUACAAGUCAAGCCAGACUAAAACUAUAUGAACACCUUGAGAAACUAGGAAACCAAGUGUGCUAUUAUGAUACAGACUCGGUUAUCUACGUCUAUAGACCAGGAUUAUAUAAAAUACCUGUUGGAGACUACUUAGGGGACAUGACUGAUGAGUUAGCUAAAGAUUAUGGACCAGGCUCAUUUAUUGUGGAGUUUUGUUCUGGUGGUCCCAAAACCUAUGGAUAUGUUGUUUAUUCCCCAGUAACAAAUGAGUAUAGAGAAGUUUGCAAAAUCAAAGGUAUCACCCUAAAUUUGUCUGCUAGUAGAAAAUUGAACUUUUCAUCCCUAAAAGCUAUGAUUUUAAGUGAAACCAGUGAAUCAGUACCAAUUAUAGAAAGUAGAAUUAGAAGAACAGAGAGUAGAGAUGUGGUAACAAUUGUGGAGAAAAAGGAUUUCAAAAUAACAGGUCCUAAGAGAAAACACGAUGGUGAUCAUGACACUUUACCAUAUGGAUACAAAAAACAAUGUAAGACUCCAUAA